AUUUGGUUCUGGCGUGUAUCAAAGUACAAUCGGGGAGACAAAGCAUCGACUGAGAAGCCAUCAAUACAAAUAAGUUACUGGACAAUCGCAGGCUAAGAAUAUGGCAGAAGUCACCCACGAGGUCGUCAUUAUGCCAGGAGAUGAGGCUUCUGAACACGAUGGGUCGGAUCUCGAGAGCAUCGCUUCGUCGAGCACGAGCAUCACCGCAUCUAUCCUAGACUAUCGGAUCGAGAAUGGUAGAACGUAUCACAGUUACAAGGACGGAAAAUAUAUCUUCCCAAACGACGCAAGAGAAAGCGACAGAUUAGAUCAACAACAUGAGAUCUUCAUCUACACUCUCGAUGGCAAACUUGGCUUAGCCCCUCCCUGCAAACCAGACUCCAUAGUCGGCCGCGUUCUCGAUGUAGGGACCGGAACCGGGGUCUGGGCCGUCGAUUUCGGAGACUUGCACCCCGAAGCUGAGAUACUGGGCAUCGAUCUCUCUGCUCCUCAGCAAGAAUUCGUGCCUCCAAACGUGAGGUUCGAAGUAGACGACAUCGAAGAAGAGUGGACGUACUCGGAGCCUUUCAAUUACAUCCACAGCCGCUUCAUGAACGCAAGCAUCGCAAAUUGGAAAGAAUAUCUCAAGAAAUGCUACGACAACAUUGCGCCAGGCGGGUACCUCGAGCUUCUCGAAAACCAAGUUGACCCCGUUUCCGACGACGGUACGCUUCCCGAGGAUUCUUCAAUACACGAGUACGUCAACCUCAUCCGUUCAGGGUCCGAGAAGAUGGGCCGCGUGUUCGUCGACGUGUCUACCCUCAAAAGCCUUGUCGUCAAGGCUGGCUUUGUCGACGUCGAGCUUCGGAUUUUCAAGUGGCCUAUGAACGGCUGGCCCAAGGAUGGAAAAUACAAGAAACUUGGCCUCUGGUGCCACGAGAACUUCGCCAGCGCCCUCGAAGCCGUUUGCAUAGCGCUGCUCACCCGCGUCCACGGCUGGUCCCACGACGAAGUCGACGUGUUUCUCGUCAAUGUCCGCAAGGAUUUGAAGAAUAGGAGCUACCACGCUUACUUUCCCAUCUACUCCGUUGUUGGCCGUAAGCCCGAGAAGGAAGAGGCCGCAGCUUCUGCUUAGUGCUGGGCUGAAUUCGUCGCCGGAAAGACGGCUGCAGUAAAUGUCUUUCGGGGCUUAUAGAUGGAGUCAAGCUGGAGACCAAAUGAUGGAAGGAAGAGCAGAAUUGUGACACAGCAAUUAUUCACCCAGCUUCUAAAGAGCAAUGUAAAAC